CAACUGAGGGGCAGACAGACAGUGCAGCUGAGAACUGCUGCGUGUUCAGCCGAGCUACAUUCAGCUCUCAGUGUUGACUUUCCUCUGUCAUCGCCACUGUUCUGUGAAAACUCCUCGGAAUCAUUGCUGGACAAAGCGUGAGAACCAGGGUUGGACUGAACAAAUGAGAGCUGCUUUCUGAACAAAACACCUGGGCAACUGUUAACAGGAUCCUGGAUCUCACCGAUGCCCGAAAACACACACAAGUGUCUAGAUUGGUUUGGUACCCGAUACCAGGAUUGGGAUCGAUGCAUCCCUAAUUAUCACCACUUACACUGAAUUGUGAGUGGUUCAGACAACUUUGCCGUCGCCAUUGUUCCCGGGGAAAUGGGACCAUCAUCGGAAAUUAAUGAGUAUCUGGGUUAUAUUCAACCGUCAGGUGAGAAAACAUCACCAUAAACUCUACCUAUUCCAACACACCAUCCUUGUGGGGACCUCUCAUAGCCAUCACCCUUUCCCCAGCCUCUCCCCCUAAACCUAACCAUCCAAAACACAUGGCUCACCUGGACCAGGACUCUGAACCAAACUGGAUCCCAGUUACAAUCACCGAGUUAUUUUGAAGUCUUCAUCCUCAAAUUGAGACUUGGAUUUGUGGGGUCCAGCCAAAUGUCCCCACAAUGUCAUGCAGUCCUUCCAAGGAUAGUGUCAAGAAUUGGUCUGUACAAAGUUUGACAAACAAGCACGGGGGGGUGUUCCCAAAAUUUGGACCUCACCAGGAGUAUUCCCAUCUUUGUGAGGACCUCUCAUUGCCACGAUGCUUUCCCCAGUCUCUCACCAUCCAAAACACAAGGCUAACCUGAGCCAAGCCAAAAGGUCCAACCAGGCCAAAUGUCUUCACAAUGAGGUGUUCUGUCAAGUUUAGCUAAAUGAGUCACACACACACACUGGUGCUUCCUCCAGUAAUUCAGCUGGUUAAAUUUAACAGGACAGUAGAGGUCAUUGUGUGGGGUCACACGACAGGUGACUUUAUUCAAAUAAAUUACCCAUAGAAUUCGAUUAAAGAUUAAAAUUAAUGAUUAAAAAGUGUCAAACGGAUUCAGUCUUUUUUUAAACGACACACGAAUAGAGCAUUUUAGAUCUGUCUUCUGCUGCAUUUCAUCGACUGAAGAGUUUAAUUUCCGCGACAAGACCGCGCCCCUCGCCCCGCCACGCCACGCCCCCUGCCGUACACAUAUAGUAGUCUUCCUCCUGACCCUCUUCACAUGUUGGCGGCUCAGCCUCAGAAAGUAUAGGUCUCAUUUGACUGUGGAAUCCUCCCAAACUCCAGUGAUGGCAGAGAGCUCGGCUCCGGUCUCCUGGACACUGAAGGUCUCUGUCCUGAAGGCUGAAAACAUCUCCUCUUCUGAUUAUUGGUCAGAAACCGACUCGUACGUCACCCUGCACCUUCCUGCCGUGUCCUCACGAGUCUUCAGGACAACCAUCGCCCCCAACAACAAGAACCCAGAGUGGAAUCAAACCUUCACCUUCAAUGUCAAAGACAGAGUCCAGGGCAUUCUGGAGGUGCGGCUCUACGACGAGGACCCGCUCAAGUAUGACGACCUGCUCUGGACCCUGAGCGUUGACAUCAGCACACUGAGUGUCGGAGAGAAGACGACAAAGAUGUUUCGGAUGGAGCCUCAGGGGAAACUCUGGCUGGACUUCCAUCUUCAAAAGAGCAUCAGCAAUCCCAUCAGUCGCCCAGAAGGCGUGCGCGUGAAGAAGGAAGCCGUGUCCUACCAGACCCUGAAUGUCACCGUGGUCCGAGCCACCAUUCCUCACAGCCAAGACUUCUAUUCCGGGUCCGACUGCUACGUCAUCCUCUCACUGCCCACCGCCACGGCCAGAAAGUGCCGCACCAAGACCGUGUCCAACACGGACCACCCUGUCUGGGACCAGGUCUUCUCCUACAGGCUCCCCGAGCGCGUGAAGAGUGUCCUGGAGAUCCAGCUCUAUGAUGAGGACCGGUUGUCUCGUGAUGACCACAUCUCCACUCUCCUGUUCGACCUCAGCAACCUCACCGUUGGCCAGAAGGAGACCAAAGUGUUUGAGAUCGAUCCUGAGGUCGGCAAAACACUUGUGCUGGACUUAGAACUUCUGCAGCGUGAUGAUCCUCCCUUGGAAUAUCUCAGCAAUGGAAUAGUCAUGGCGCCGCCAUUCACGGCUCUGGAGGUCAACUCUGAGCAGCUGCAGCACCACUCCGACAAAGUGGUCCAGGUUCGAGGUGCCUAUCAGGAGAUCCACAGUGUCUCCUCCAAGCUGAGAUAUCACAUCAACAGGGACUUGAGCACGGAGCUUGGGGUGACGCCUGUGGGUGGAUACCCUGCCGAGGAGUUGGAAAGUGCAGUCCCUCUCAAGCCGCUUCCCCCAAAGUACUCUGCUAAAGUGUCGCUCCUCAUCGAUGAGGAAACGGUGGAUUUAGAUUUGGAAACACGUGACAGUGAGGAAGAAUUCCUGGCGGUCCGAGUGGAAGUCGACAUUCCUCAGCAGGAGAAAGCUUUUCUGGACAAGAGGAAGUUAAUGGUCACUGAAGCUCUACGGAAACUUUUGGGUCCUGACGUUGCUGCUGAUCCAGAUGAGCUUCCGACCAUCGCUGUGGUGGGUUCUGGUGGUGGGUCGAGGGCCAUGACGUGUCUGCUGGGUCAUCUGAAGGCCCUGCAGGACAUCGGGCUGCUGGACGCCGUCAGCUACAUCACCGGCGUGUCUGGCUCCACCUGGGCCAUGGCCAGUCUCUAUCAGGACGCCCUCUGGUCCCAGAAGAACUUGCCAGAUCAGAUCAGUCUGAUAAAGAAGCAGAUGACCAAGAGCUUCAUGGGCCUCUUCUCCCCUGAGAAGCUCUACUACUAUAGAGAAGAGCUGGCGGCGAAGAGGGACAGCGGCUUCCACGUGUCCAUCAUCGACAUGGCGGCUCUCAUGCUGGAGAAUCUGGUCUUUGGGAAUAAAACCAUCAGCCUCUUGUCUGAGCAGCAGAUGAGUGUGAAUGAGGGCCAGAACCCCUACCCCAUCUACACAGCCAUCAACGUGAGGGACGGCCCCGAGACAGAGGCCGAGUGGUGCGAGUUCACGCCCUACGAGGUGGGCAUCCCAAAGUACGGGGCCUUCGUGCAGACUGAGAAUUUCGGGAGCCAAUUCUUCCUUGGACACAUUGUGAAGAAACUUCCAGAAAUCCGCCUCCCGUACCUCCUUGGAAUGUUCAGCAGCGUCAUCUCUGUCAACCUGACCCAGCUGUGGAAGCGCCUCACCGGCUACGAUCCCACCUGGAGCCCCUGGGUGGGGCCAGACAUCAGCAACAUCGAGGUGGACACUGAGACUCCAGCUUUAGACACGGUGGGCAUCCAGCCCAUGUCCGACAUCGGCAGCAUGCUGACCAACUUCCUGAAGAACCGACCGGCCGUCGCUGAGGCCUUCAACUAUCUCCGUGGCCUCUUCCUCCACAAGGACUACAGCAAACACAAGCACUUCCAAGCCUGGAAAGAGACUCAUCCCGAUGCUUUCCCAAACCACAUGACCCCCCAUGACCCCACUCUUCAUCUGGUGGACGCCGGGCACGACAUCAACAUCGGCUGCAUCCCCGUCCUGCGUCCAGAGCGAAAUGUGGACUUGAUCCUGUCGCUGAGCUACGCCUGGGAACCGCAGAAGUUCUUCAAGGUCAUGAGGAGAACGGCAGCGUACUGCAAGGACCACGGCAUCCCCUUCCCCAUCGCUGACUUUGAUGGUCUGGAGAAGGAGCCGCAGCAGGAGCUGUAUGUGCUGGAGGACGAGGACAAUCCUGACGCUCCAGUCGUCAUCCACAUGCCGCUGGUCAACGUGAGCUACAAAGACUUCAAAAGCCCCGGAGUGAGGAGGGAGACGGAGGAGGAGCUGCAGGCCGGACUGGUGGACGUGAGCACCUCCGAUUCACCUUACACCACCCUCAACUUCACCUACUCUCCACAGGACUACGAUGCUCUUGUUCAGCUCAUGUCCUACAACAUGCUCAACAACAAGGACAAGAUUCUAGAAACAGUGAGGAGGGUGAUGGAGAAGAAGAAAUCCAAGAGGCAGAGAUGACAACAUUGCCACUAUCAUCAUCUUCACCAUUGUCAUCAUCUCCAUUAUCAUCCUCCCUCUCCCUCCUCUUCUCUUUUCCUCUUCUUCCUCCUUCUCUUCCUCCUCUUCUUCUUCCUCACGAUCAUCCUCCUCACCCUCCUCUUCUUCUUCCUCCUCAUCAUCAUCUUCCUCCCUCCUCUUCUUCCACAUCCACCUCCUCCUCCCUCCACUCCUCUCUUCCUCUUCUUCCUCACCAUCAUCCUCCUUUUCCUCAUCUCCCUCCUCCUCUUCUUCUUCCUCCUCCUCCUCAUCCUCUCUCCUCCUAUUCUUCCUCCCAUCAUCCAUCUUCUCCUCUUCCUCCUCCUCUUCUUCGUCUUCCUCCUCCUCAUCAUCAUCAUCAUCUUCCUCCCUCCUUUUCUUUCACAUCCACCUCCUCCUCGCCAUCGUCAUCAUCAACAUCAUCUUCCUCCCUGGUCUUCUCUCCUCUUCUUCCUCACCAUCAUCCUCCCUCUCUUCCUCUUCCUCCUCCUCCACCACCCCAUUGUCAUUUUCAUUAUCAUCAUCAUCAUCAUCAUCAUCAUCCUACUCCCGUUUCAGGCUGGUUUACAUCCAAUGGUGGAUCCAUGUGCAUUUGUUGUUGGUGCCUGAAGAAGCUUCACCUCUGCAUCACCUCAUUCACACAUUCAUAAAGUCUCUCACCAGUCUAACUGUCCUGUUCCUUGACUCGAUUGUUAUGGCCAGGGCCAGCUGGUAGAUCUUGUUUCUCCACUCAGUUCCCUGCCAGAGAUGGAGAGGAAAAUAAAA